AGCGUCUCCUUGUCGUGGCACGAGCCGGGCUUCCCGCCUGCCAACGGCACCGAGUACGAGGUCAAGUACUACGAGAAGGAUCAGAGAGAUCAAAGUUACUCGACUGUGAAAACCACAUCAACGGCCGUGACGGUCAAUAACCUGAAGCCUGGCACCCUCUAUAUUUUCCAAAUCCGGACAUCUUCCUCGGCCGAUUACGGAAACUACAGCCCCAGUAUUGAAGUGGAGACGCUGGCAGAGCUGACGGUGGCCUCCAGCGAGCAGAACCCCGUCCUUGUCAUCGCGGUGGUGGCCAUCGCGGGGCUGACAGUGCUGGUGUCUGUGGUGAUCGGCGUGAUGGUCUGGAGGAGGCAGUGUGGGUACAGCAAAGCCAGCCAGGACGGCGACGAGGAGCUGUACUUCCACUUUAAAAUACCGACCAGGAGGACGUACAUCGACCCUGACACUUGCGAAGACCCCAUGCAGGCCGUGCACCUCUUUGCCAAAGAGCUGGAUAACGCUAGUAUUAAAAUUGAGAGGAUCAUUGGGACAGGAGAGUUCGGGGAAGUCUGCCGGGGGUACCUGAAGCUGCCCAGCAAGCGGGAGCUGCCGGUCGCCAUCCAGACGCGGGCCGCGUGCUCGGAGAAGCAGCGGCGCUCCUUCCUGGCGGAGGCGUGCACCAUGGGCCAGUUCGACCACUCCAACAUCAUCCGGCUGGAGGGGGUCAUCACCAGAGGGAGUACCAUGAUGAUCGUGAUGGAGUACAUGGGGAAUGGCGUGCUGGACUCUUUCCUCAGGAAGCACGAGGGACAGUUCACAGCCACCCAACUUGUUUGCAUGCUGCAGGGGAUUGCCUCUGGCAUGAAGUACCUGGCAGAGAUGGGUUACGUGCAUAAGAGCCUUGCUGCCCACAAAGUCCUUGUGAACAGCAGCCUGGCUUGCAAAAUAACUGGUUUCAGACGGCCACAAGAAGAUAAGAUGGAGACCAUCUUCUCCACCAUGAAUGGGAAGAGCCUGGUGCUGUGGUCAGCCCCCGAAGCCAUCCAGUAUCACCACUUCAGUCCCGCCAGUGACGUGUGGAGCUUCGGCAUCGUCAUGUGGGAAGUCAUGUCCUACGGCGAGAGGCCCUACUGGGACAUGUCCAACCAGGACGUGAUGAAGGCGGUGGAGGACGGGUUCCGCCUGCCCGCCCCGCUGAACUGCCAGCUGCCCCUCCACCAGCUCAUGCUCGACUGCUGGCAGAAGGACCGCAGCCAGAGACCAAAGUUCUCGUACAUCCACAACAUCCUGAGCAAGAUGGUGCAGGGUCCGGCAUCGCCGGCAUGCCCCAGCUCCAGUGCAGCCAGGUCCCAUGGCACAUCCAUCCCCCUCACCCAGCGUACCUUCUCAGCCUUCCCGUCGUUCAGCUCUGUGGGCGAGUGGCUGGAAGCGAUAGAAAUCAGGUACAAAGACAACUUCACCGCUGCAGGCUACUGCUACCUGGAAUCGGUGGCCAGGAUGACGGCCCAAGAUGUCCUCAGCCUGGGGAUCACGCUGGCGGAGCACCAGAAGACCAUCCUGAGCGGGAUCCAGACUCUCCGGGCGCAGGUGAUCCAGAUGCACGGCCGAGGUGUGCAGGUGUGA